AUGAAUAAUAUAUUCAGUGUUAUGGCAUACGUGAAGCGCUGGCGGCAACCCGGAGGGUCCCAGUCGAUAGCCCAGCUAGUCACGAGCGCAGGCAUCUUUAGCCAGAAGAUGGCAGUACAGACUGUCAGCACGUCGAUUCGGCCCACGAUUGCCGCGGCCGAGUACAGUAUCAGCGAUGGCAGCGUAGCUGACGAUGGCUCCAGUAUUCUCUUGGUCCUGGUCGCCCACUUCACGGAUGCCUCUGCCGCUCAGGAUGCCAUGCGCCAGCAUCUCGCAACCUUCGACGCCGACGUUAGCCUGGUGGCCAAGAAGACAGCAAAGUCAUGUGCGCCACCUGCGCCCAUAUGUGGCUUAGAUGCGGCUCCCUCCGACACCAAGCCGCUUAGCCAAGUCUGGCUUCCAAACCGGCACUACUAUCUUCUGGGUGUGCCCAAGACUCUCGACCUCCCGCUCCAGCCAUCUGCGCCGGCCAGUCCCGGUAGCGGCACGCUGGGAACAAUCACCCGGCAGGGUGAUAACGGCAUCGACAUCAACACCAGUCUCACCGCCAUCUAG